CCGAGAAAAAUUUCCUUACUAGAUGACAUUUCAUCGCAAUGUCCGAUCGUUUGGGGCAAAUAACCAAGGGCAAGGAUGGGAAAAGCAAGUAUUCGACUCUCAGCCUGUUUGAUAAGUAUAAAGGAAAAUCAGUAGACGCAGUCAGAUCCUCAGUUAUUCCUCGACAUGGCUUACAGAGUCUCGGGAAAGUUGCCACAGCCCGGCGCAUGCCACCACCUGCAAACCUGCCAAGCUUGAAGUCUGAAAACAGAGGAAACGACCCCAACAUCGUGAUAGUUCCCAAGGACGGAACGGGAUGGGCAAACAAGCAGGAUCAGCAAGACCCAAAGAGUUCCAGUGUGACGGGCUCUCCGCCGCCGGAGUCGCUGCCGCAGCCGGGUUUGCAGAGGCCUGUCUCCAGCUUACAGAAGCCGACACAGUCGAGCAGCCAGGAGAACACAAAUUCAGUGCCAGGUGGACCAAAGUCAUGGGCACAGCUGAAUGGAAAGCCAGCAGGACACGAAGGUGGUUUAAGGGGCUCAAGCCGACUGUUAUCCUUCUCUCCCGAGGAGUUUCCGACGCUGAAAGCAGCUGGAGGGCAGGACAAGGCUGGCAAGGAAAGGGGCGUCUUCGAUCUGUCGUAUGGGCCAGGACCAAGCCUCCGCCCUCAGAAUGUGACAAGCUGGAGGGAGGGCGGUGGGCGAAACAUAAUUUCUGCCACGUCUCUGAGCGCCUCCCCAUCUGAGCUGGGCAGCAGGAACUCAAGUGCAGGAGACGGAGCCCCCUCCUCGGCAUGUGCCAGCGAUGCUAAGGACCCCUCUCUCCGCCCGGCUCAGCCUGUCCGAAAAGGGGCUUCACAGUUCAUGGGGAAUGUAUACCACCCACCUACAUACCAUGACAUGCUUCCUGCUUUUAUGUGUUCCCCGCAGUCAUCAGAGAACCAGGGUACAGUGGAACGAGGAUCUUUUCCCCUUCCCCAGCUCCGUCUUGAACCCCGUGUUCCUUUUAGACAGUUCCAGAUGAAUGACCAAGAUGGAAAAGAAAGCAGGCUGGGAACGACUCGCCCCAUCCGCCCGCUGAGGCAGCUGGUGGGACGGGCGCCGCGGCCCACGAUCAUCAACGCCGAAAACCUGAAGGGCCUGGACGACCUGGACGCGGAUGCUGACGAUGGCUGGGCAGGCCUUCAUGAGGAAGUGGACUACUCCGAGAAACUGAAGUUCAGUGAUGAUGAAGAGGAGGAAGAAGUCGGGAAGGAUGGCAGGCCGAAGUGGAGCAGUUGGGACCCCAGACGGCAGCGACAGUUGUCGAUGAGCUCCGUGGACAGUGCCGAUGCCAAGCGUCCCCAAGAGGAAGGAAAGGACUGGGGUGAAGCAGUGGGUGUGACCCGUGUCGUCCGGAAAGUGCCAGAACCUCAGCCACCUUCCAGGAAACUUCACAGCUGGGCGUCCGGCCCCGACUACCAGAAGUCCUCGCUGGGCAGCAUGUUCCGUCAACAGUCUAUGGAGGAGAAGGAGGACAAGCCACCCCCACGGCAGAAGUUUGUGCAGUCAGAGAUGUCUGAGGCCGUGGAGCGAGCCCGAAAACGCCGGGAGGAGGAGGAGCGCCGAGCCCGGGAAGAGAGACUGGCUGCCUGUGCCGCCAAGCUCAAGCAGCUGGACCAGAAGUGCAAGCAGGCUCAGAAGGCGGGCGAGGCCCAGAAGCAGGCAGAGAAGGAAGUGCCCCGCUCUCCAGGCACUGAGAAGCUGCCCCCGCAGGAGAAUGGCCCUGCUGUGCGCAAAGGCUCUCCUGAGUUCUCUGCCCAGGGAGCCCCCAACACGUUUUCGGAAGAAGCCCCCACGGCUCCUCCAGCUGUGGCCCAGAGCGGCAGCAGUGAGGAGGGGGCCAGGGAAGCUGGGUCCCCUGCACAGGAGUUCAGCAAGUACCAGAAGUCACUUCCUCCCAGGUUCCAGCGCCAGCAGCAGCAGGAGCAGCUCUACAAAAUGCAGCACUGGCAGCCCGUGUACCCUCCGCCUUCCCACCCACCGCGCACAUUCUACCCCCACCAUCCCCAGAUGCUGGGCUUCGAUCCCAGGUGGAUGAUGAUGCCUUCCUACAUGGACCCACGAAUCCCGCCCACCCGCGCCCCAGUGGAUUUCUACCCCUCCGCCCUCCACCCCUCAGGAUUGAUGAAGCCAGUGUUGCCCCAAGAUUCCCUCAGUGGGACUGGCUGUCGCUCCGAGGACCAGAACUGCGUGCCCCCACUGCAAGAAAGGAAAGUGGCCGCCCUCGAUCCAGCCCCGGUGUGGAGCCCCGAGGGUUACAUGGCAUUGCAGAGCAAGGGCUAUUCGCUUCCCCAGCCGAAAUCAAACGACACUUUGGCCAUGGACAUGCACGUCAGGAAUGAAAGCUCUUACUCUGCCUCCCCCGGAAGGUCAGGGGGCGUAGGUGCCCAGCGCGAUCUCCUUGAGGAGAGAGGGGAGGAGUUCUUGAGUGCUUUUGACAAGAAGGCCCAAGCAGACUUUGACAGCUGUGUCUCUUCUCAAAGAAUAGGCCAGGAGCUUUUGUUUCUACCCCAAGAAAAUAUUCAGGAAGCAGGUGCUCCUGGGGGUCACACCCCAGACCUCAGGUGUUCCCCACUGGAGCCCGACUUUGCCCCAGCCGAGAAAAAGCCAGAGUAUAGCAAUUGGGACGUUAGCCACCCACCAGAGGCCACCGACACAACCAACGGCAUCGAGAAGGGAGCGCCCCGGGAGGAGCCAUCCUUUAACAUCUCCUCCUGGGAGAAGGAAGGGAGCCCCAACAAAGAGCCGCCCCUGGAGCCUGAGUGGACGCCCGAGCCCAGGGGCCCAGGCGGCCAGCCCCCGGAGCAGACCGGCAGGACGCGGAGGUCGGGACCCAUCAAGAAGCCCGUCCUAAAAGCCCUCAAGGUAGAGGACAAGGAGAAGGAACUCGAGAAGCUGAAGCAGGACCUGGGGGAGGAGAGUGCCCGCGUAGCCAAGGAGCAGGGGCCGGUUCGCACGGCUGACAAGGACGAGGAGGACGAAGAGAACAACCCCGCGCUGGCCAACUCCUCCCCCUCGCCCUCGGAGGACCAGGGCUCUGCCCGGGCUGGUUUGGGCCGCGAGGCCAGCAGGUGCGAAGGGGACGAGAGGCCCGACAGGGCCUGGGAGAGCAGACCCUCCCGGGAGUCCAGCGACACUCCCCCGACAAAGAGGAACAACUGGAUUUUUAUCGAUGAGGAGCAAGCCUUUGGGGGCCGAGGGCAGGCCCGGGGCCGCGGCCGCGGCUUCCGAGAGUUCACCUUCCGCGGGCGGCCUGCAGGCGGUGGCCCCGGCCUCUGCGGUGGGGGGGUGCUCGGGGCGCGGGGCAUCUACGGCGGCGGCCAGAGGAGCAGCCGCGGCCGGGGGCUGCGGGACUUCGGCCAGCCGGAAGACUUCCCCAGGGCCAAGCCGCGGCGGCGAAUCGCCAGCGAGACCCACAGCGAGGGCUCCGAGUAUGAAGAGCUUCCGAAGCGACGGCGGCAGCGAGGCUCGGAGAACGGGAGCGAAGGCUCGCUCCUGGAGCGGGAGGGCAGCGCCCUGAGGAAGGGUGACUUCAGGGACUCCUGGCGCUCCAACAAGGUGUGUUCCGAGGACCACAGCGGCCUGGAGGCCAAGAGCCGAGGCCCUCGCGCCUUCGGCCGGGCGCUCCCUCCCCGGCUGAGCAGCUGCGGCUACGGGCGGAGAACCUUCGUGUCCAAAGAGGCCGCCCACUGGCAGAGCAAGAGCCCGGGCGCCUCCUGGCAGGAGUACAGCUCCCCGGACGCGUGCGGGUCCCGGCGACCUGCAGACAGAGACUGUGUCCCCGACGCAUACAGACAUUCUGACUCGUUUGGUGCCAGGGCCUUCGAGGACAGCCGCCUGGAAGACAAGAGGCCCUUCUUCCCCGACGACCACGCGGCCGACCCAGAAGGCACAGAGAACCGGCCCUUCCGGAGAAGGCGCCCCCCACGCCAGGACAAGCCGCCGCGCUUCCGGCGCCUCCGGCAGGAGCGGGAGUCCCUGGGCCUGUGGGGGCCCGAGGAGGAGCCCCACCUGCUGGCAGGGCCGUGGCCGGGCCGGCCCAAGCUCUGCCCCGGGGACAAGAGCGGGUCCCCCGAGCUCUCGUACCAGAACUCAUCCGAUCACGCCAACGAGGAGUGGGAGACGGCCUCCGAGAGCAGUGACUUCAGCGAGAGGCGGGAGCGGCGCGAGGGUCCCGGGGCCGAGCCCGACCCCCAGGCAGACGGCAGCCUGCCCGGGGCUGCCGUGGGCGAGAAGAAGGAGCUGGCCAAGAGGAGCUUCUCCAGCCAGAGGCCCCUGGCUGACAGGCAGAGCCGAAAGCUGGAGCCGGGGGGGUUUGGGGAGAAGUCCGUUAGGCCAGGUGGUGGUGACACUUCUCCCCGUUAUGAGAGCCAACAGAAUGGGACGCCUUUGAAAGCCAAAAGGCCCCCCGACGAGGCUUUGCCUGGAGGUCUUGGUUGCAGCGGUGUGAGCAGCCACUACGCGCUGGAGCGGGCAGCCCACGCUGCUUCUGACGUCCCCGAAGCCCCCAGUGAGAAGGCAGAGAAGGAGGCCAAGCUGGCUGCUCAGAGGGCGGGUGAACAGGGAGAGACCAUGAAACAGUUUGACCUCAACUACGGAAAUUCCAUCAUUGAAAACUGCGGGUCCAGCCCUGGGGAGGAGAGUGAGGUGGGCCCCAUGGCGGGUGAAGGCUUCAUCGAGGUCCUCACCAAGAAGCAGCGCCGUCUGCUGGAAGAAGAAAGAAGGAAGAAGGAGCAGGCUGUGCAGAUGCCUGUCAAGGGCCGAGGUCUUUCCUCCCGUAUUCCUCCUCGGUUUGCUAAAAAGCAAAACAGCUUGUGCCUGGAGCAGAGUGACGUGACCGUGCCCGGCAGUAGCCUGGGCACCGAGAUUUGGGAGAGCAGCGGCCAGGCCCUCCCCGUUCAGGCCCCGACUAACGACUCCUGGACAAAAGCCGCCACUGCCUUCAACAGCGCCGAGCCUGGCUCUGCCGAGCAGGGUUUUAAGAGCAGCCAGGGGGACAGCGGCGUUGACCUGAGCGCUGAGUCUCGGGAGUCGUCUGCCACCUCCUCCCAGCGCAGCUCCCCGUACGGCGCUCUGAAACCGGAGGACAUGAACGGGCCUGGCCUGGAGCCCAAGGCUGACGGCCACAAGGAGCAGGCUCAGAAGCAGUCCGAGCCGAAGGAUACAGAACAAGGGUCAGGACAGAGCAAGGAGCACAGACCAGGACCCAUCGGCAAUGAGCGUUCUCUGAAAAACAGAAAGGGCUCGGAGGGGGCCGAGCGGCUGCAGGGGGCCGUUGUCCCGCCUGUUAACGGGGUAGAGAUUCACGUGGACUCCGUGCUGCCGGUGCCGCCCAUUGAAUUUGGAGUCAAUCCAAAAGACUCUGAUUUCAGCCUGCCGCCUGGUUCUGCCUCUGGUCCUUCGGGGAAUCCGGUUGUCAAACUUCAGGAUGCCUUGGCCAGUAAUGCGGGCUUAACGCAGAGUAUUCCCAUCCUCCGGCGCGACCAUCACAUCCAGAGGGCCAUCGGCCUCUCCCAAAUGUCCUUCCCCACCGCUGACCUCACUCUGAAGAUGGAAUCCGCGCGCAAGGCUUGGGAAAACUCGCCCAGUUUGCCGGAGCAGAGCUCUCCUGGGGGCGCGGGCUCAGGCAUCCAGCCCCCGUCGUCUGUGGGAGCCUCCAAUGGGGUCAACUACAGCUCCUUUGGCGGAGUUUCCAUGCCGCCCAUGCCCGUGGCCUCUGUCGCACCCUCGGCUUCUCUUCCAGGCAACCACCUGCCGCCUCUGUACCUGGACGGCCACGUGUUCGCAAGUCAGCCCCGGCUGGUUCCCCAAACCAUACCUCAGCAGCAGAGUUACCAGCAGGCUGCCGCUGCCCAGCAGAUCCCACUCUCCCUUCAUACGUCUCUGCAGGCUCCAGCCCAGCUGGGCCUGAGGGGCGGGCUCCCCGCCUCCCAGGCUCAGGAGAUCUUCAGCUCCUUACAGCCCUUCAGAUCUCAGGUGUACAUGCAUCCCAGCCUGUCACCACCCAGCACCAUGAUCCUCUCUGGAGGCACAGCCUUGAAGCCUCCGUACUCGGCGUUCCCAGGCAUGCAGCCGUUAGAGAUGGUGAAGCCCCAGUCUGGCUCCCCCUACCAGCCCAUGAGUGGGAACCAAGCCCUGGUCUACGAGGGCCAGUUGGGUCAGGCUGCAGGCCUGGGCGCCUCCCAGUUGUUGGACUCCCAGCUCCCACAGCUGACGAUGCCGCUGCCUGGCUCCCAGCUCCCCCUGCCGCGGUACGGCUCUGGACAGCAGCCCCUGAUUCUGCCACAGUCCAUCCAGCUGCCGCAGGGGCAGAGCCUCUCUGUCGGGGCCCCCCGGAGAAUCCUUCCACCCGGCUCCCAGCCUUCGGUCCUUAACACCAGCAGAGAGUCGUCUCAGAUGGAGAUGAAGGGCUUCCACUUUGCCGACAGUAAACAGAAUGUUCCUUCAGGAGGCUCCGUGCCGUCACCACAGACUUACAGGCCUAGCUCUGCUAGCCCCAGUGGGAAGCCCUCUGGAUCAGCAGUUAACAUGGGCUCUGUGCAGGGACACUACGUUCAACAGGCCAAACAACGAGUGGAUGAAAAACCCAGCCUGGGAGCCGUGAAACUGCAGGAGGCCCCCUCGGCUGCCUCCCAGAUGAAGCGAACAGGAGCAAUCAAACCUCGGGCGGUCAAAGUGGAGGAGAGCAAGGCCUGAAGGUGCUUGGCCACGCCUCCCCCCCACCCCACCCCACCCCCCGGAGGACAGGGCCGCCGCUCCGCCUUGACACAGCCAGACGCUCGGACAUCUCGGACAUCUCACCGGAUCCGCCGUCCAACCACCUGGCCCGGACUGAGAGACCUCCCUUUCCUUGUCCACUCCCGAAAGCUCCAUUGUCCAACAAGCUUGCCCCCGUGGAUAUGUGGCAUUGACCUGCUCGCUUUACUACGAAGCAAACAAGCAAGCAAACGACCCCAUCCCCACGUUGUCCCCGUCUCCUGUCCACAGUGACUGUGGAGUGACUCGAGCCUUUGUGCAGUACAGAUGAUCCCGCCCCUCCGCCAGGGCGCUUUCUCUGCAGCGCUUCCCACCACCACCCCCACCC